UUUGUCCACGGGUCCCUCCCGGACACAACAAAUCAAACAAGUGGGCGGAAGAAAGGUGGAUAGGGGAACCGAGGAGCUCCAAGAAGCGAUGGCCAAGGCCAACAUCUCAGUGACUGAGAGCCAGUUCCGGUGUCCUAUCUGCCUGGACAUGCUGAAGGACCCGGUGUCCAUCCCGUGCGGACACACCUACUGCAUGCUGUGCAUCAAUGACUAUUGGGACCAGGCCGAACCGGGUCACUUUAGCUGCCCACAGUGCCGGGAAGCGUUCAGCCCUCGGCCGGUGCUUCGGAGGAACACCGUGCUGGCCGAGGUGGUGGACAAGCUCAAGCUGAGCGAAGCCUUCGCUCCGCCGCCCAAGCUCUACCAGGGCGGGGCGGGCCAGGUGCCGUGCGACUUCUGCCCGCCGGAGAGCAAGCUGGUGGCGGCCAAGUCGUGCCUGGUGUGCCUGGCGUCUUUCUGCGACACACACAUGUUGCCUCACCGGGAGGUGGGCACGCUGAGGCGGCACAAGCUGGUGGAAGCCGUGGAGUGCCCCGCCGAGAGGCUGUGUGCACAGCACCGUCUGGGACUGGAGCCUCCUGCAGGGGGAGACGCGGUGGAGGACGCCCCGGUGGAAUGGACCGGAGACUGUCUGCUGUGUGAGGCCGACCGGGAGGAAGUGCAUCCCGGGGAGGCGCAGAGGGCCAGGAGACAGAUUCAGCUUCAGGAGUCUCAGAGGACGGUUCAGGGUAAAAUCCGAGCCUGCGAGCGUGAGCUGGAGGAGUUUCAGCAGAGUUUGGAGUCCCUGAAGGUGUCUGCUUCCGCAGUGUUGGAGGACAGCGAGGCUCUUUUCGCUGACAUGGCGCUCCACCUGGAGAAGACCAAGACUGAGGUCCGGGCGAGGCUGGAGGCCCGGGAGCGAGCGGCGGUGGGACGGGCCGAGCUGGACAUGGAGAUGCUACGAAAAGACCUGGAAGCGCUGAGGAGGAGGGAUGAGGAGAUCAACCAACUUCUUGAAACGGAUGACAAUGGACACUUCCUGCAGGCAGCGCCGCUGCUGUGUCUUCCUGUCCUAGCCGCCCGCCCUUCAAGAACCCUGAGCCUGCCCAUCGAGGCCUUCAGUGGCGCCAGGAGGGCGCUGUGUCACCUCCGCAGCUGUGUGGAGGAGGUGUGCCGCGAGGAGGUGGACAAGAUCAGCCAGGCGGUUAACGAGAACCACGCGUCAGGUGGCGAGUGUGCCAAAGGUGGUCGACAUCUUGGCGCAGAAAACUUCAAGCCUCAUCAGUCACCACGAUCAGCUGGUCAAGAUGCCACACAAGGUCUGUGGACCUUAACAGGCAUGUUGCCGGCAUCGUUCCCACUGUCCUUGUUGUCUCUGCAGCCGGCCGAUCAGAGGAUGAGGGCUGCUUUCCUCAGAUUUUCCUGUCAUCUGUCCCUGGACCCGGACACAGCCCAUCCCACCCUAAUUCUCUUGGAGGGUCGCUAUGGGGCACACUGUGGUGAGGAGCCCCAGUCCUACCCCGCCCACCCGCAGCGCUUCGACUCAGUGGCUCAGGUGCUGUGCCGGGAGGGCCAGUUCGGCGGCGCCAGCUACUGGGAGGUGGAGUGGCAGGGUGGCGGCUGGAUCGACAUCGGCGCCACCUACCGCGGGAUCGGCCGCAAGGGUGGCGGAAAGCCCUGCCUGCUGGGCCGCAAUGAGAACUCGUGGCGGCUGAGGUGCACGCACACAGGCUACGCCGCCUGGCAUGACAACCGUAAAACCACUGUGGCGGCGCCGCCUUGCCCCCGCAUCGGUGUCUUCCUUGAGCGGCAGAAGGGGACGCUGUCCUUCUAUAGCGUGUCUGACACGAUGAUGCUUCUCCAUACCUUCCGUUGCCCCUUCUCUCAGCCGCUGUAUCCGGCCUUCCGGCUAGACCUGGACUCCACCCUGCUCAUCUGCCCUCAGGCGGCAGGAGGCGGGAGCUAGACUCAGCCCCAUCCCUGAUUCUACUUCCAGGAAGGGCUGUAAGUGUACAUCAACUCUGGCCUCAAAUUAGAGGAUGCAUCCCAACUAGGAAUCAAACUCUUCUUGUCUGUGAAAACCCUUUAAUGUUUCGAAGAAAGGUACUUUUAAUCUUCCAACUAAAACCUCUAAAGCCAGAACAGCAUGAGAAUAAAGUCAGGAAGCUCUGUGACGUACUGUAAGUGUUCAAUUCAUCACCAUGCACGUCCUCGCUUGUUAGCAAAGUUAACAUUUUAUGCAAGUAACACUGUUUUGCUUCUUUUUACACUUGUAUGACACUGAAAAAAGUUCAAAAUGUACCUUAAACAUUGCUUGUAUGGCAACAGUUUGAUACUGGAACAGACUAUUUCCUAUUAUUUCCUAUUGGAAAAAUAACAAUGAAUGAGAACAAAUCUGGUCAUCUGGUCACAGAUGCUCCACCUUAAAGGUGAAUUAGUUAGGUUUAAUUAGGCUAUAAAUAAUCACAAAAAUAUAAUAAUAUUUAUUUAUUAGGUGUGCAUGAUCAUUAUUGGGCCGAUAAUUAUCGGGCAGAUAUGAGGGAAUUAUGACCUCAUACCGAUAAAUCCGAUAACAUUAAAAAUAGCUCAGACAACUGAUAAUUUAAAAAAAUGCUCCAAUGAGGUGUACUGUGUGGGUGAGCAAAUCAAGCACUCUUUUCUCCUGCCUGUGAUGUUAACGGCCUGUCCUAACUUCCCCUGAGCUCACUUCUAAACAAUCAUUCACUUUUCAGAGGAAGACAUUUUGCGUCCUAUUUGAACCAAAUACUCCGCGAUGAGGGGGGGGAACAUCGAGCACACAAAAAACCUUAUCAGCCACCUGAAACACCAGCAUCGCUACGACGCCUGGGGCUUGUUGUGCCGCGGCGUUUGAAAAGUGCAGAAGGUUUGCCAGAGACCUCUGUGGCGUCACACUGGCUGCUCGGAGCGUGUGCCCGAAUACAGUGCACCUUGCGGGGCCACAGCAGGUGGCUCCCUCCGCUCUAUACUCUGGUUCUCCUGAUAGUAGUAAUGUUGUGAUAUUUCAUUAGGACAAAUCAACAGGUACAGUUGGUCAAAUCCUAAUUUGUUUGAGUCUUUCUUACCUCCAGGUGUGCACAACCUACCUUUUUAAAUCAAAAUUUUAAAAAAGUAGAUAUCAAAAAAGUAAUCGUAUCGAAAAAAAGAAAACUCUCUAAAUUUUAAAAUAAAAUGCAAAUAAAAAAAACUAAGACUAAAAAUAUAAAUAAGGUUUAUUUAAGGUUAACAAUAACUUUAAAUAACAACAAGCUCAGGUAACCUUCUGGUCAUGAAGAAAACAAGUUUUUCAGGUCUGCAAGGUGGCCAAAUAAAGUAAAACUGUUCUAGAUGGUUACAGACAAUAUUAUAUAGCUUUAUGACCACUCUGGGAGACUUUUCUGUAAGGCCUGUGAUCACUGUGCCACAUAUGCUGUAUAUACUACAUACGCAUGAUGACAUAAAUUAGCAGAAAAACAAUAGCUUACUCAGUCACUUGACAUUUCAUUAGAUGCACCAUCUAAUGGGAUACAACACAAGAGAUAUCAAAAUGUUCACUUUUGAUUAACACUGUCGGGUGUUCAUUGAGCAAUAUGUUUAUUGUCGCGGGUGUAGUUUGCAGCGCUGUACUGCAUCAUUGUGAUUGUCAUAUUUUAAAAGGUGAACAUCUUUGAAAAAGCUUUCAGUAUGAUGAAAAUGAGUUUCGUGCAAUGUGAUGGUCAAAGCCAAAGUUAGAAAUGCUUGAAAUACACCAAGUGCUUUAUUCUAAAACUUGUAGGACUGUUACAUUAUGCCUUAAUGAUGAUAUUCAUGCUUUCUACUUCUGUUUGCCGUCUGUCCUUCUGUCUCGUAGCCGACUGUAAAGUGUGUUGUACGUUUGAGUGGUUUUGGCAGCUCAUAAUAAAGUGGCCUACGCAA